AUGGCGGUUGUCUAUGUGCCGCCUUCUCCGGUGGUAACAUCCCUGACAUACAGGGACGGAAUCAUCACUUGUGACGCAGAUGCCAAUCCAAUCAGACACAUUGAGUAUUACAUCAUUCUAAAUGGUACCAACCCUGACGCGCCUACUGGUAAAGCCCUGGCAUUUGAUGUCGAUUACAAUUACUGCACAGAGGUCAGCUGUAAUGUCACAAAUGCGAUUGGAACUGGGUCACGGAAACUUGAAGAACCGCUUUGCCCAGUUGUUCCGGUGGUAACAUCCCUGACAUACAGGGACGGAAUCAUCACUUGUGACGCAGAUGGCAAUCCACUCAGGCACAUUGAGUAUUACAUCAUUCUAAAUGGCACCAGGCCUAGCACGCCUACAGGUAACACCCUGGCAUUUGAUGUCCAGGACAAUUACUGCACAGAGGUCAGCUGUAAUGUCACAAAUGCGAUUGGAACUGGGUCACGGAAACUUGAAGAACCGCUUUGCCCAGGUUUUUCACCUGAAGUCAUCAUUGUUGGCUCGGUAGUGGCAGCCAUCGUCAUUGUGGCCGUCGUUGGUGGUCUUCCUUUUGUCGUGUGGAGGCGUCGUCAAAAACAACAACGGACAAAAACAGGCGUAAAAGAUGGCCUAAAUGACGUUGUAUCACAAGGAGCAGACAGUGAGCUCCCACCACUGCCUGUCACUGAUCAGUCGUCUCCUGGACUAGAUCCCCAUCAUCCGAACGAUAUUCCUCUGGAACCAAUUGCCCAAGCGGUGGUAUGCGAAAGUAUUUCCAAUGAAGACGGCGUUGAGGCAUCCAAAGACGUGGUGUACAGCAACGUAGGACUGCAACUCUCUUUCUCGAGAGAUCUCAUGGUGAUCGAGAAUGAGCUGGGACGAGGGGAGUUCGGUAGAGUGCUAUUGGGAAAGGCACUUGGAAUCGAGGAAGCCGGAAAAGAAACAAAGGUUGCCGUCAAGACUGUGAAAGAGGGCGCUAACAGACACGCCAAGAACGGGCUUGUGGCCGAGUUGCAGGUGAUGAAAACAGUCGGCUCUCAUCCAAACGUGGUCAAGCUGCUGGGAUAUUGUGCAGAAAAAGAUCCCAUUUACGUGAUAGUUGAGUACCUUGCUAAGGGUGACCUGAAGAAUGUUUUGAUGGAGUAUCGAGACAAGGACCCAGGGACAGGUUACGCCAACGUACCCGGGUUGAGCAAAUCACUGUCUAGGACAUUGGUCGAGUUUGCCAGGGAUGUCGCAAAUGGAAUGGCUUACAUAUCCUCACAAAAGUAUGUGCAUCGUGACCUUGCCGCUCGUAACGUGUUGGUGGGAGAAGAUAUGGUUUGUAAAGUGUCUGACUUUGGACUGGCCCGUGACGUUAUGAACAUCCGUAUCUACCAUCGAGAAUCGCAGUGUCCUCUUCCCAUCCGCUGGAUGGCAUUGGAAUGCAUUCUUCACGAUGUGUACACAACGGAGAGUGACGUAUGGUCAUUUGGAAUUCUGCUAUGGGAGAUUGUGACACUUGGUGCACGGCCGUAUCCGCUGAUGACACCAACGACAAUGAUAAACGUAUUACAGCAGGGCUAUCGUAUGCCGAGGCCUCGACAAUGCAAGAAAAAGCUGUAUAAAAUGAUGCGCAGCUGUUGGCAGGAGAUUCCCAAGGAUCGACCCAGCUUUCAGCGUCUGUAUUGGCAAUUUGCCGAUAUGGCGUCUAAAGAUGAGGAUUACCUCACCAUGAAGAACCUGGAUGAAAGGAUUUACAAUGUGAAAGGCGCCGAAGGCACGAACGAGAAACUGUGA